GUCAAAUUUGCCUUUUGCUUCGGCUGCUUCGAAACAAAAGGAUAUAUAGGGAUAGUUUGGAUAAUUGAUAAGAAGAAGAAAUAAUGGCUUUUUGAGAUUUUCCCCUUUCUUAAUUCUCCUAUUCAAUACAACCCUUACAACUAAUAUUUCUAUAUAGAUAGAGGAAGUGAGAGAUUUAAUGGGUUUUCCAGGAUCUUGAUGAGGUCAAAGAUAUUGGUCCAGUUGGUUUAGGAUCUUGAGAAAGAUUGAGUCUUUGUGAGAAAUAAGGUAGUGUGGAUUUUGGGGUUCGAUAGAUAGGUAAAAGGGUGUCUGAAAAGAAUACCAAAAAAAAAAAAAAAAGGGAAAAUUGAUUGAAGAUUUGGUUUUGAUGGUUUUGUUUGGGUUUUUAGGUUAGUUGAUAGGGAGAGAUUGAUGGGUAAGAAGAAGCCUCAGAAAACUAAGGAACUUUCUGUAGCAAUGGCAGAAGCUUCAUCAACAGGGGAUGGAACAGAGCAACAGCAACCACAGCCUGAGCUAGGUCCACUGCAAGCUCCUCGGAAGAGAGGUAGGCCUCGAAAGAUCGUUAAAAUGAUUGAAAGUGAAGAGAAAAAAGAAGAGCAAACAGAGGAAGAUGAAGGGAGUGAAGCAAAGAAAGUAGAGACUACAGAGGAAGAAGAAGAAGAAGAAGAAGAAGGGAAGAAGCUAAAGGAAAAAGCAGAGUCUUCCAAAGGAGAUGAGAAGAAAACAGAACCUUCAAGAAGCAGAGCUAGAAGAAAAAGCAAACCCAGAAAAAGCAGCUGAAACUUCCAUAACAAUCAGGUAGGUGGUUCUAGAAAAAAAAUAUAUUAAAUGAUUUUUGCUUUUGACGUUUAUGAAGCUUCUAGGGUUUGAUUCUUUUUUGCUUAAUCUCUUCCAAAUGAAAGUUGAAACAUAGAAAACAGCUUUGCUUUGUCCUUUUGAUUGCAGUAAUUGUGCUUAAUCAUAUUGUUCAUGUUGAAGCUUGAAGAUUGAUUAUUAAUACACAAAUCAAAGAUCCUUGCUUUUGUGAUUAAUUUCUUACUUUCUAAGUUCUUAUGAUAUGUCUAUAUAGUGAUUAUGAGUAAGAAAACAGAAAGUAGGAAAGAAAGAGAAAAAUUUUGCUAUUAACAAAGAUAGAAGAGAUGGGGAAGAUGUUAGGAAAAAUGAGUGAAGGUACUUUGCUGCUUCCAGCGUUGAGCAGUGAGGACUGUGCUAUUAGUCUAUUUUGGGGAGACGCCGAAUCUAUCAAAAAGCAAAAUCGACUCCAACUCAUUGCCACUGGCACGUUGCUUUCAAGCUCGUCGGCGAAUAGCCUGUGUGGGGGCUGUAGGGUGGGACAAAUGCGCUCUUAUGGCGCGUGGAGGGGAGGCGGCUUCGUCGGUCGUUGCACUCGCAGGAGAACAGCGGUGGAGACGUCUUUUUAUAGGAAGACGUGGACGUUGCAAAGACGCGCUCUUAAAUGGGUCCCCUCAGCGCUCAGCCCCUCUCUUUCACUUUCAGUACAAGUAAACACAGGUUGCUCAUACAUUUGCAGCUUCAAAAGAUUAUGAGAAUUGCGAUCGAAACAAUCUCAUGAUAAUACGGUUCUUAGAGUGUGU